CGUCCAACAUGGCUGUUCGGUUCACAGAGUGAUUCGAUAAAGUCAUUUAAGAGUUCAACUUGUGGAUCUGUGAACUGGUUGAAUGGUUUGUUAAAAAGAAUCGGUUCAACAGAACGAUUCAUUCAUGAGACGGAUUGGAACAUAUCUCCAACAUGGCGGAGAGUUUGGACGAUUUAUUAGACGAGGUUGAAGCAAAGUUUUGUCGAGAGAUUUCAAUGUCGCUUCGACCUUCGUGCACUUUAAAAGCUGAGCAAGACAGCCACAGAGAGCAAAGAAAUAAUGACUCUGUGCACAGCAUUUCAAAGCCACAUGAUGUUGAAGGAGUGGAAAAUAACAUUGAGGCUGUGGUUCAGGAAAUAUUAGAUGAUGAAUAUCCAGCCUCCACGCCACACAGACCUGUUUUAUCCAAAUCUUUUUCUCAAACAGCUUUAAAAAACAGGUGUUGCCCUGUGUAUUUGGGUGGAAGUUCUAUAGCAGGUGGUGUAGGAACAAGUGUUACGCAGAGAGCUUGUGACCAGUUAAGAUGCACAUCUUGUGACUUUCAUGUUGUCAUGUUUGAUGAUCAGGAGUGGGACUCUUCCUGUGACUAUCUGUUUUUCAGAAAUAACAUGCCAGACUGUAACAAGUUGCAAGUGAAGCUAAAGAGGAAGCAAGGCGCUCGGGCAUAUGCUUGCCAGUGUAGCUGGCACUGUGCCAUCACUCUGUCCGAACUCCAACACAUACCUAAGCUAAAGUGGGUUUGUGGCCAACACACAGCUUGCUGAUUUUUGUGUCUGACUCCCAAGUUGCAGCUAUUCAAAAGGAAUACAAAACAACACUGAUGUUCUCUUCAUUUAAAAGAAGAUGCUGGAAAUUAAUGUUCCUUUUUUCCAGACGAUCAAUGGAAAUACUGGGAUGGACAAAAUCGGUGUGUAAUGUAGCGGUAGAGCAAUAAGCAUUCCAACAUUUUCUGUCUAAUAUAAUAAAAUAUAUAGAGAGAAAUGAUACUUCUGUACAUAUUACAGAUACUACAUUGCAGGUGAAGUGUGACCUUUUCACCAAACUGAAGUUUAAAGACGUAAUGCAUUAUUUCAAUGAACAUAAUGCAUGCAUAUAGUAUAUAUAUAUACACAUAUAUAUAUAUGUGUAUAUAUAUACAUAUAUAUGUACAUAUAUUUAUAUGUAUAUAUAUAUACAUAUAUAUGUACUUGUUAUGACUAUUGUUGUUAUGGCUAUUACCGAGAAAAUCGUUUGUUAUGAAUGUUGUAAUGAUGUUACAUGUUUAAGAUUUUUCGCACUGAUUAUUACUCACUAAGUUAUAUUCAACUCUCUAAAACUACUAGACUAAACUAAGGAGAAUUGACUUAUAAACUAUGGCAGAGUCAUACAUUUGACAGAGGGUAAAUUAAUAAAACUUAAUUUAUUUUGUUCAUGUGACUGAAAUGCUGUUUUUGCCUAUAGAAACAUUCUUCUCAUAAUGUCUAAUUUACCAUAUGUAUUACAUUUAAGCUGUUGUAGAAUGUCAGAAAUACUUUGGUAUGGGUCAAAUGAGAUUUUAUUUUUAAAUAUAACAUCUAACUGUUAAAUAAAUAUGAUGGCAACCA